UGUGACAAUGAAACCACACAAUGCAUCUUCUGUCAGGGUGUUACGUCUGUAAAUACUAAGCAUGCAGUUGUAUAAAAUAAUUUAAUGUCCUAAAUAAUAGAGAAAAGCUCAUAGCAUUUUCAAUUCUCUCUUAGAUUAAAUUUAGGGGAAAAUGAUUAUCCAUUUUGCAUCCUUGUUAGCCAUUCUGUCACUUCUUUCUUCACCUGGAAUGCUUGCAAAUCUACAUGAGGAAGAACCUUUUGCCCAUACACUCAAUGAAUUAAAAGAUUUUUAUGAGAAAUCAUUUGAUGAAGAAACUCUUCCACAGGAAUGCAAUUGUGGAUUACAUUCCAUUGAUUGCGAAGUUUCAAGUAAUGGAGACAAGAUAUGUUUCUGUGAACCAAUGUAUAAACAACGUUUAAAUCAGUGCUCAUAUUGCGACUGUGGUUACCACGAGGGGAACUGCUCUUUCACUUCUUUAGGAGAAAAAAGGUGCAGCUGUGAACCAGGUUUCACGACCGACAGUUAUGAGGGAAUUUGUACAGAAAUGUGUAAUGCCACUAAACCCUGUCAAAAUGGGGGCACUUGCUAUAAGGAUGUGUGCAAGUGUUCAAAUGAUUACACUGGCUCCUGGUGCGAAACGCCAAGGUGGUGUGCCAUUGGGAGUUGCGGAUAUGAAGAUGAUGUAGAAUGCGUUUGGGACCGCACACUGCGGAAGGGAGAGUGCCACUGCAAAGAAGAUAACUACUAUUAUCUUCCAAAGGAAAAAGAAUGCCGUGAAUGUAACUGCGGAUCUCAUGGCAGUUGCCGUUUGGCGGACGAUGUCUUGGUGUGCAAGUGUGACGAAAACUACGCCUUGAAAUCAUCGACAUGCGAACGUUGUGAUUGCGGGCCACGGAGCGUGAAAUGCGCCUUUGAUUCCAGAGACAAUAAAGUGUGCCAAUGCCAAAAAGGUUAUGCUUCUAAAACUGCAAGCUGGUCAUCGUUGAAGACUUGGUGUGAAAUCUGUGACUGUGGUGAGCACGGAAGAUGUUAUUGGGAUGAGGAUGACAAAAUCUGCGACUGCGACGACGGUUACAGGUCAUACGAGGGGAAAUGUAGAGAGUGCAUCUGUGGUGAGCAUGGCACUUGCCAAAUAGAUGAAGAUGGAGAUAAAAUCUGCACCUGUGACUACGGGUAUGCUGAAAUGGAUGGAUUUUGUACAAGCUGUGACUGCAAUUAUUUGUCCAGCAGAAGAAUGAUCCAAAUCAAUUGCACUUUUGAGAAUGGAUUCAAACAGUGCGUGUGCCCAGCAGGUUUCGAAACGAAGUCAGAUUUCUGUGAAGAUAUAAAUGAGUGUUAUACAAGCUACCCUUGUCCAGCCAACACAAUCUGCAUUAACAAGCCUGGGACAUUCGAAUGCAAAUGCGAAAAGGGAUUUGAACCGAUUGAUCCAUAUUUAGAUCCGAAAGUAUCCGGAUGUAAAGAUAUCGACGAAUGCUCUGAAUUUCCGUGCAGAUCUCAGCUGACUCGAUGUGUGAACAGCCCGGGCAGCUACGACUGCGUGUGCAGAGAGGGCUACUAUUCCACGUCCGGCAAUUAUGGAAGAUCUUAUAAGCCAGCUUACAACGAUUGUUAUGAAAUUGAAACUCAAUGGCGAGAAGCGACCAUAGCUCUUGGUGUCAUAUUUUCAUUUAUAAUAAUAAGCAUCACAUUUUACAUCAAAAAACAUAAAGGAAGUUCCUGAGGAUCAUUUAAAAUUGCCGAGAAGAGGGAAAGGCUCCACUUUUGGCUCAAUAACAGUGACCAAAAAAUGCCAAACUGCCAAUAAUGAAGACUCCAAAAGAAAAUAUAUGUUAAUAAAUUAUCGAUUUGAUAUGAAUAUAUUUGAAUGGCUAUCGUGAAAUAUUUGCAAAACAAGAAAAUAAAAUUAAAUUCGGAAAUCAAGAUCUGUUCCUUUCUCUGUAAAUUGCACUUUUUACCAA